GAAUUGAGAGAAGUUUCUAAACACAAGUAGCACUCCAAGUGAACACUACGUUUUGUCACAGUGACAUACACAUUUCAUUUACUUUUUUCCAAAAUUGUCUAUAUUUUAACACGAAAUCAAAAAAAAAAAACACCACCGAUUCUUGAAAAUUUUUUGGCCUUGGCCUUUUAAGAAUAGCUCUUAUAGAACAUCAUGCUCAAACUAAUAACUUUAAUAAAGUCGCGAUCGAAGAAACUGGGAGUUCGAUGCUAUCGGAAUCGACUCCCCACCAUUUUACCGCAGAAAACGAACAGUGUCGGACGGUUCGGCGUCGGUUUGGUCGCCUGCGACAUCAAAGACUACACCUUGUGGCGGCCCCGCCCCCGGCAGUUGCACAUCAAUCGGUUCAGCGAUCGCAACGGACCGGCUAGCCCCGAUGCCGGAUCGAAGGAGGAGGAUACCAAGCGCGACGGAGGGGGCGAUUGGACGCCCAACAAUGGUGCGGUCCUGCGCUGGGGCAUAGCGCCAGUCAGUCUGAUGGCUGACGAUUUUGCCAUGGCACUCAGUGUCCUGCCACCGAACCAGCACCGAAUCGUGUCCUGCGUGGCACCCUACCAAUCGCAUGCUCUGGCCUUCGCGGAGCGUCAUAAUGUGGAGAAUGUGUACACAAGCUUCGAGGAUUUGGCCAAGUGUCCGAAUGUUGAUGUUGUGUACAUCUCGCCGCUGAACCCCCAACACUCGGAGCUAUGCCACCUGAUGUUGAACCACGACAAGCACGUGCUGUGCGAGAAGCCGCUUUGCAUGACCGAGGAGCAGGUUAAGCAAGUACUGGAAAAGGCGCGGGCUCGUAGCCUCUUCCUCAUGGAGGGUAUGUGGCCCAGAUGCGUACCAGCAUACCACUAUAUACGCCACCAGAUCCUGCGAAAUCGCCUCGGUGAGCUGCAACAUGUGCACUGCACCCUUGGGCUGCCCAUUUCUCCCAGUCGGCUGGCUCUUUAUGGCGGUGUCACUACCGACUUUGGCGUUUAUGGUCUUCAGCUGGCUUUGUGGAUAUUUCGGGAGGUACCGAGCAGCAUCCAGGUCAGCGGCCGGGUCAACGCCGACAACGUGGAUGUGGCUGCUGACAUAGAGCUUACUUUUAGCCGCAAUCAGAUAGCCACCAUUGAAGUUUCCUCCGAAAAGCGGCUCGACAAUCUGGCCAUAAUCCAGGGAAAAGAUGGAUGCAUCAAGAUGUCAAAUUAUUGGUGUCCUACCCGCCUGGUUACCGAAGAAGCCGACUUUGAUUUUCCGCUUCCGGGAUUGGACCAAGCCCAGCCCACCCACUAUCACAACAGACUGGGCAUGUGCUACGAGGCCGAGGAGGUGAGGAACUGCAUCCUAAAGGGCAAGAACGAGAGCGAUGUGUUCAGUCACAAUGAGAGCCUCCUGCUGGCCAACUUGAUAGACUCCAUUCAUGCCGAGCUGGGCGUUGGUAGCUAUGCAGUUUCCCAAAAAGUCCCCGAUCUGCAGGCGGAGAUCGAGUUAGCCCGGGAUAUUGUUGUGGAUCCCGAGGAGCUGGCCAGUGAAACCUGUCGGGUGGUUCAGAAAAUUGACGUCGGCGAGAGUCUUAAGUCGCCGGAGACGCAUAAGGAGCUAACAAUGGAGGCCACCACACAGCCCAGACCCAAAGUCAGUCAGACGCCCCCUUAGGGGGCGUGGAAGGGUGGGUUUGUGUGUGGGCUGAUUGUAUAAAAUCUAAUUGAAUCAAUUGUCGCGUAAAUAAAACAGAAGUAUUCAAGAAAAGCCUUAAAUAA